AAGUGUUAAAUAGAGCCGGGGGCGGGGCUGGCGGAUUAGUAGGCCAGGUCUCGGCAGUGAAAGUGUUAAAUAGAGCCGGGGGCGGGGCUGGAGGAUUAGUAGGCCAGGUCUCGGCAGUGAAAGUGUUAAAUAGAGCCGGGGGCGGGGCUGGCGUGCUCUGCACGUUGACAGGGCAGCGGGAGCAGUCAGUGUGAGCAGACCCAGCAGCAGAGCAGCUCCCAGGAUGCCCCGCGCCGCGCAUGUGCAGUGACCGCCUCAGCUCAGGAAGAGAAAAAAAAAACACAAAAAAACAAACCCAGCACCAAGCCAGGAUCCCAGCUCCCCCAGCGAUAAUAAAGGAGAGAGCGGGGAGCGCUCCGGGGGGGGCGGCCCAGCCUGGGGGGGCGUGCGAGCAGCCGAUACCAGCCGCCACCAGCCCUCACUCGGAGAGCCGCACCGCCAGCCAGGCCUCUCCCCCUGCUAGGCCUCGCCUGCCAGAGCCAUAGGGAGCCCGUUCAGGCCCCGGGCAGGGGUCCCUCUGCUUCCCGCCAACCGGGAGCCCCCCGGGAUCCUCCCCCAUGCCGCCGGCCCGGGCUGGAGCAGCAGGGAGGCCAUGAGCGCGGGGCUGAGCGCCUCGCCGAGCCCGGGGGCCGCCUCCCCGCUGGGGGCCGUGGGGGUGAAGCUCAAGUUCUGCCGUUACUAUGCCAAGGACAAGACCUGCUUCUACGGCGACGAGUGCCAGUUCCUGCACGAGGACCCGCUGGGCAUGCACGGGGGCACGGUCAGCCCGCUCGGCCCGCUCAGCCUGGCCGGGUACCCGCAGGCUGCCACUCCGGGGGGCAAGAAGGUGGAGCUGGCUGGGCACCCUGUGCCAGGACUGGAGGCCCAGCGUUUGGCCAGUGAGUACCCCUGACACCGAGCCCAGGCUGGCUGAGAGCACUGGGGGAAGCAGUCCAUAACGAGCUGUACUAGGAAGCUGUCAACCUGCUGGUUAUGGGGCCCAUGUGAAACUGCCUGAAUUAUUGGGCGACCACUAAGGAGCCUGCAGGAAUCUCUAGCAGAGUAUAGAGUUUGAUGUGGUUGUGGGUUUUUAUUUAUUUUUUUUUAAUGUAACUUCUACUGUACAUAUGUCUUGGCUCCAUAAACAAGGAGCCUGGUGGUUACAGCACAACACUUCAUUUUAACUGAUUGAAGAUCAACAGUGGUUUGGGGGCAUUGCUGAACUACAACUCCCAAGCUGCUUUGACAGUUGAAGGCUGGCACAUCAUGGGAUUUGUAGUUGUGCAAUGCUGUAAAACACUUGGAAUAUCUCCUGCAUUGUCACUCUGUUUUGUGUCUGAUUGAGCAAGCUACUUGUAAAUUCCUAAUGGAUUAAUUUUAUAUUAAUUUUUUUCCCUCCCACUUUUUUUUGUGCUUGUAAUUUGUACAUGGUGUCAUCUUGUGGCUUUUUUUUUUUUCUUAAUAUAUAUUUCCAUUUACGUGAAAUUCUUAAAAUGUAUUGCUGAUCAAUAUUCAAAAGUUUAUGUAAAAAACAAAUUUGGUGGUUACUAGUUGGCUACAUGAAAAUACACUGCAAAAAUGUUGCAUGUGUCCAGUGCAACCAGUAACAGGUGAACUAAUGUGAGAUGUUGGGACUUCCUGAGUCUUGUAAUUUACUCACCCCCCUGUCUAAUAUUCCAUAUCCCAUCUGAGGCUCUUCCUUCUACAUGGCAUAACCAUGAGUAUGAUUAAGUUUUUUCCAUUGACUGAAAUUGACAGAUUUUUUUUUUUUUUUUUUUAAGUGGAACUGUUCCACUCUGGAAGUGAUUGUUCCUCGUUCAAUGAACCUAGUAAAAGGUGUUGGGAGUGUUUACUGGAGUAAACAAUGCAGAGGAGGCGAUGACACAUCUUCACUGUACUUCUGCGUUCAGGGCUUCUUUACUGCUCAUGAAGAGAAAUAAAAUAGGAACUCAAGCACGUUUGGUUGUUCCUUCAAUAGUGCUAGACUUACAUGCACAAGUUAAUUUAACUUUAAUAGUUUGCAUGGUAGAAUAUAUAAGCACAAAUGGUGAGAUGGGGGGGGAAAAAGCAGAACCCAUAGCUAAAGUUUAGGCAGCUUGUGCAUAAAUCACAUUGUGACAAUUCUACUUUAAAUUUAGGGCUAAUAACAUCAUAACCAUGACUAUAACAAGGUAAAUGAAAGGAAUAAGUCUUUAACGAUCCUAAACUUUAAUAUAUGAACCUGCAUAGGAAAAAUGCUGAGCAGGCAGAUCCACCUUAGGCCUGGAAGAGGCAAUAUCAGUCUGGCUUGUGGGGUGUUUCCCCAUCAAUUCAAGCCUGUUCAUCAGGUAUUUCCCUAGUUCUUCUGUAAGCUAAAGAAUUGUAGAAAAUAAAAAGUAAGGAUGAUCUGCUAACUAGAAGGUAUACCUCAGUCCUACAAAGGUCCAAAAUAUGUCUGAGCCCACGAGACAUUUCAGAUGUCAGUAUGUAAAUGUUUCAGACGUGUAUCUAAUGAGGUUUAUAGUACUCUGAGUUUUUUGAUACUCAGGGUUAUUUACUAAAGUGUGAGUUGUUGAAUUCAAAAUGUUAGAGAAAGACCGCUGAAUUGAAACAUAGCGGAGCCUAUUUUUUUUUUUUUUGUUAAAUUUGGCGAUUUAGGGCUAAAAUUUUAAUUUAGUUUCCUACAGUUCAAAAGUUUGUGAACUUGACCAUAUAUCUUGAUCAUCCCUCCAUCUUGACAAUCAGGCUAUAUGAGCUUGCUGGAUAUUCCUUUCUAAAACUGGCUUUAAUAUGAUGUUGCCUCUACCUCCACUUAUGCCUUUAACAGCCACCACUCUUCUGGUAAGGCUUUCCACAAGGUUUUUGGCAUAUCUUUGUAUAUUUGUGCCCAUUCUGCUAAAGAGCAUUUGAGGUCAUAUACUGAUAUUGUAUGAAAAGGUCUGGCUUGCAAUCAGUGUUCCAAAUCAUCCCCAGUGGGGUUGGGGCCAGGACAUUAUAGUAAUGGAAACUGGUAUAAAAGUAGGAAAAAAACUAUUGCAUUUAAAUCCCUGGUAUUUGGCUUCACAACGUUAGGGGGGCGCUAUCAUACAUUGUAAGCCAGAUGUGUCCAAAAUGUAGAUCCCAGAUGUUUUAAAACUACAACUUCCAUGAUACUGUCUUUCUAAAGGCAUGCAAAGCAUCAUGAGUUGUAGUUCAACAUCUGGGACCUUCUUUUUGGGCAUCCUUGUUGUAAGCUAUUAAAGGGAUUCCAUAAGUGCCAGGAAUACAAAGCUGUAUUCCUGGCAUUAUAGCGCUCUCUGCCUUGACCCUUUCCUCAGGCCCAUCCUUCACCAACCAAUGUGAAUAAAGGGUUUAAAACUAUUUACUUACCUUGCCCAGGCGCUGGUUUGUGUGAGCGGGUACUAAUGCGUGUGUGUGGCAAAUGCUGCUUGUGCAUUUGAACUCCCCAUAGGAAAGUAUUGAAUCAAUGCUUUCCUAUGAAGAAAAAUCUGACACUGGCAUCCAGUGUCCGUUACCGAAUCAAGUCGGUUAGCAGCCAGAAAGCGCCACUGGAGGCAGACUUAGUGCUGCAAUGUAAACAAUGCAGUUUCUUUGGAACUGCAAUGUUAUUGCAGCAUUAAGUGCAAUAAGUACACUACACCCAGACCACUUCAGUGAGCUGUCGUGGUCUGGGUGCCUAUAGUGUCCCUUUAAAGAUUUUUUUUUUUCUCAUAGUUCUUCAGGGCAGAAGAGCUUACUGCAAAGUGACAAAUUAAAAUAAGUAUGUAAAUUAGACCUGGAUAAUGACCUGUUAUUUCUAUAAAAUAUCAAAUUGUGUGGGUAAAUUCUUUUCUUCUUAUAACUCCAACAGUUAUUAUAGUGGUCAUGGUAUUUGGGUGUCUCUCCCUGCACUUUCAUCUUUUACGUGUUCCUUUUUAUUUAUGUGCUUAUGUAAAGAAAAAAUAUGCCUCUAUCAGGAGCUGUAAAUAUGUUAUUCUACAUACCUAGAGCAUUGCUUGCAAAAACUCUCUGAACAAAUCUGUGAGGUGUUCUGAGGAUAUUUGUGCAAGUAUAUGUUUGAACAGAGCUCUGAGAAAGCAGGUGAUGAGGAAAUUACCCAUGCCUCUUUUUAAUGUAGAUGCUUAAAGGACCACCAUAGUGCCAGGAAAACAUACUUGUUUUCCUGGCUCUAUAGGGUCCUUGGGUCCCCGUCACCCUCAGGGCCCCAUCCCGCUGGGCUCUGGCGGGAGGAAGGGGUUAAACCCUUACUUUUUUCCCAGCGCCGGGCUCCCUUUGUGCUGGGGACUCUCCUCCUCCUUUCCCGUCAUCGACUGAAUGUGCAUGCGCGGCAUAAGCCACGCGCAUUCAGCCAAUCUCAUAGGAAAUCAUUCUCAAUGUUUUCCUAUGGACGCUGGCAUCGUCUUCACUGUGAAAAUCAGUGAGAAGCACUGAAGCACCUCUAGAUGCUGUAAAAAAGACAGCCACUAGAGGCUGGAUUAACCCUAAAGUAAACAUAGCAGUUUCUCUGAAACUGCUGUGUUUACAGCAGAAAGGGUUAAUCCUAGAUGGACCUGGCAUUCAGACCACUUCAUUAAGCUGAAGUGGUCUGGGUGCCUAUAGUGGUCCUUUUUAAAGGGCUACUCCAAGCAUCAAAUGUAUUGGAAGUGUUUAUGGUGCCUGUAGUCUGUAUGUGCAGGGUUUUGUUUUAAAACCCUGCACAUACAAACAACUUAGCUGCAGGAGGUGUAACUAUACCUCUGGCAGCAUCAAUGAACAGCCCUGAACAAAGUUUCAGGAUAACUAAUGCCAAUUCUGCACAAAAUCUUGCUUUCAGCACACACAGCAUGCUGGUGACAGAAAAUAAUUGCAUACUGCCCCUGACUUUACCCCCUCUUGAUGUCAGCCAAGGGGGAUUGGUUUAAGGGAGAACUUCAAAACAGGCUAGGCAUCAUAACUUUAGAUAAAGUUAUGGUGCCAGGAGGCCCCUAGGCUCACUCUUUCCUUAAGUGGCUUGACCAGUUUAACCCCAAAGCGAUCCUUUAGAGCCAAUCCUAAGGUCCACCAGUUGGCAUGUCUUCUGAAUCUCCGUUUCAGGAAGCGCGGAGGUCUGCUGUGCUACCUUAAAAUUUCAAGCCAGUUUUAUGAAUGGGGAGACACUGAUUGGCUCAAAGCAUCAGCUGACCCUUUCUCAGCCAAUCUGUUUCAGAACUCUUCUUGAAACUGAGAUUCAAAAGCCAUGUGCCACCUGAGGUUUAUGAAGAUCGUGCGUUGGUGGCACACUUUGGGGUUCAACAGUUCAAGAACUGUUUAACCCCUUUAGGUAAGAGUGUGCCCAUGGACCUCCUGGCACCAUAAUUUGAUUUAGAUGAAGUGGCUGUGGUGACCAAAGUGCCCAUUUAAACCAGAAUUAUUUUUUUAUUUAAAUCCAGCUUUGGAGUAUCACUUUAAAGAAACACUUUAACAUUGAAAAUAUGUGUAUACAGGUGAUACUCGAAAAAUUAGAAUAUCAUGUAAUUUAUUUCAGUAAUGCAACGUAAAAGGGGAAACUAAUAUGAGAUCAACGCAUUACAUGCAAAGCAAGAUAGUUCAAGUUGUGAUUUGUCAAAAGUGCGAUGAUUAUGGCUUACAGAUCAUAAUAGAUAUUAAAAUACACGUAGAACGAAAUAUAUAUCUAGAUACGUAUAUAUCACUAUAUAUACGUAUAUAUCACUAUAUAUACGUAUAUAUUUUAAAAAAAAUUAUAUAUAUAUAUAUUUUUAUGUAAUAUUUUUACAUAAUUAGGUAUCUUAAUUAAUUACAAUUAGCGGGAUCUGCCUGACAACCCAUGCCGAGAGUAAAGGGAAUUUAAUUUGCUAGCACUAUAUUUAACCCUAUAACUUUCCAAGACACCAUAAAACCUGUACGUGUGGGGUACUGUUCUACUCGGGAGACUUCGUUGAACACAAAUAUUAGUGUUUCAAAACAGUAAAGUGUAUUACAACGAUGAUAUCGCCAGUAAAAGUGAUGUUUUUUGCAUUUUUCACGCACAAACAGCACUUACACGGACGAUAUUAUUGCUGCGAUACUUUUUACUGUUUUGAAACACAAAUAUUUGUGUUCAGCGAAGUCUCCCGAGUACAACAGUACCCCUCAUGUACAGGUUUUAUGGUGUUUUCAAAAGUUACAGCGUCAAAUAUAAGGCUUGUUUCAUUUUUUUCACAUUAAAAUUCGCCAGAUUGGUUACGUUGCCUUUGAGACCCUAUGGUAGCCCAAGAAUGAAAAUUACCCCCAUGAUGGCAUACUAUUUGCAAUAGUAGACAACCCAAGGUAUUGAUAAUGUGGUAUGUCCAGUCUUUUAUAGUAGCCACUUAGUCACAAACACUGGCCAAAAUUGGCAGUUUUUGCAUUUUUCACACACAAACAAAUACUAACGCUAACUUUGGCCAGUGUUUGUGACCAAAUGGCUACUAAAAGACUGGACAUACCCCAUUUGCAAUACCUUGGGUUGUCUACUAUUGCAAAUGAUAUGCCAUUAUGGGUGUAAAUUUCUUUCCUGGGCUACUAUAAAGUCCCAAAGGCAACGUAACCAAUCUGGCGAAUUUCAAUUUCAAAUGUAACGUGCUAUAUUUGACCCUGUAACUUCCCAAAACGCCAUAAAACCUGUACAUAGAGGGUACUGUUUUACACGUGAGACUUUGCUGAAUACAAAUGUGUAUUUUAUUGCAGUAAAAGCAAACAGUAUUAUGACAUUGACCGUUAAAAUGUCAUGUAGAACUAAAAAAAACAAACAAAUUUUCGCCCAUUUUUUCAUAUUAAAUUAUGUUUCAUAGCUAAAUAUUUGAUAUUAAAUGAAAGCCCUGUUUCCCCUGAGUAAAAUGAUAUAUAAAAAGGGUGGGUGUAUUUAAUAUGAAAGAGGUGAAUUACGGUUGGACAGACAUGUAGCGCAAAUGCCAGGUUUUGUUUACAUUUUGUUUUGUUCACAACGUGUACAUUUGGCUCCGUCCUUAAGGGGUUAAACAAGUUGUUACUCAGAACUAUACAAUAGAUACAGUAAACGUACAAGUAAUUGUGUUAAAAAGCCACAGAGGAAUGUGAGGGUCAUAGUCAAUCAUACUGUAUAAGAAAUUACUUUAUUUUCCUAAUAUAACUUUACAGCUAUAAUUACUCAUACAUUUGAUGAUUUUUUUUUUUUUUUAAAUACUCCCCAGCUUUACUCUGCUUAUGUCUAUAACGCCUAUUCCACACUAAAAUAAUGUUUUUUGAUGGCUACUGUGUUUGUAUGUGAUACAACAGCCCCCAUUGUCCCCCCAUUCUUCAGCAUUUCUCUAGUAAGACUGUCAGGAAGCUCAGCAAAAAAAGCUGAUAACUGUACUAAAAUGCAUGGAAAUCCUUGCUGUGACUGGAUUUGCGGGGUAAACUUAGAACUUUGAAAAUCCUGUAGAAAGGUAGUGGAGUACCCAGACUGGAUUCACUUUUCUAGGUCAGUUUAGUAAAUGUAAAGCUGGUUAAUUUGAAAUGAGUAAUUUGGGAUGUGUUUUUUUUUGUGUGUGUGCAUUUAAAUGCUUGUUUUUAAAUGGAUUAUCUAUGUAACUAUCUCUACAUUUUUCCUUUAUAAAGAACACUCUAGGUACUAUAUCAAUGAUGUUAUUGUGCCAGGAGUCCCCUGGUACUGGCCAACAGUUAGAAAACAUUUCGAAUGAUUUAACACUUACCUGGGUCUUUGAGCAGCCGCUAGUCCAGUCUCAUUUUCUCAUACUGCCAAGACAGAAGUUCUUGACGCUUCAAUAGUAGCAUAUUGAGCCAGUGUUAAUGGAUGAGCGUAUGAAUUGAAACUCUGCCAAUGAGUUUCAAACAAUAUGAUAAAAUUGAUAAAUCUGUAAGUAUCAAACCCUUUAAAAGGUUUGACUACUGGCCAUGUGAUGGCACCAUAAUCACUGCAGCAAGCAGCAUGGAUUGUGUUGCCUAGAACAACCCUUUAAAUAGACAUCUGAAUUGUCUUGAUUGUAUUAUUUACUUGAACAAAAACCGCAUUUUAGACAGUUGUAUACUUUGUUAGUUGGACAUUCCCUUGUUAACUGUAUUCCUGACCAUUCCCAAGUUGGUGAACACCAUGCAAUUCCUCCCUUCCCUUCCCUAACCACCUCCGUACCCACCCUCCAGCCCCCUCAGCACACCAAACUGAAGAUUGUAGAGGAGAAAAGAGCUAACACAGCAAAAAGUGAAUUCUAGAUACUGAUAAGCAUGGUGCCAGUGGUGAAAAAAUCAUUCUAGCUUGUGGUUAUCUUUGAUCUUUUGGCCUUAUGGAACACUGAUACAACUACAUAAAAAAAAAAAAUCUGCUAUGCAGUGAUACUUAAGACACAUUCUAAUUGUAUUAAGCAUUUUGGAUUCUAAAUGUUGUUUUCUGUUUUUCAGUUCCUGGAUUAGAUAGUGCUCUGCCUGAUACCAGUAUCAAUGAUUCCUACUUCAGCUCCAGUUUUAUGGGAAUGAAUGGAUUUGGAAGCCCUGUUGAAGCAAAUUACCCAAGGAUGCAGGUAAUAUCUGGAUCACUAGUCGUUUUUGUCAAGGAUAAUGAAUUACAUUUCAGUGACGGCAUAGACAGAUCGGUAUUCUUUAGAUUGUUAGAACACACACUGGGCUGGCCAGUUGUGAGGUGAAAUUGGCCGGUGCUGCUUUAAGUAGAAGAUUUAAUCCAUUGACCUAUCUUCUUCACCUGGUGGGUCCUGGGGUCCCCUGGGUGCCUCCACUAAAUCAAACAGUACUGGAAGCUGUGUCUGAACUUAGCCUGAUGGUGCAGAGCCUAGCUCUAGAGCAAUAGGCUGACAGUGCAGGAGUUUCCAGCUGUCUCAGAUAUAAUGGAGGAGGGCAGAGGUACCAAACACCCCCCUGGUUAGAAGUCUGUUCUAAAACUUUGGCUACUUAGUGUGGCUUGUCACCAUAACCACUACAGCAUGCUAUAAGGGGUUUUGGUGCUUGAAAUAUUCAUUAACGCUGUCUUUGUCUGUUAGAAUGCUUAAUUUUAUAUCUUUAUGAAAUAGUUGCAAGUAACAAUCAUAGGUUCAUUCCAUUACUCUAUGAACAAUUAUACAGAUUAGAAUUCAAAAAAUUUAUCUUAUGCAUUCUGAUCUGAUUUCAUUUUGUCAUGCAAGCCAAAAAAACUUUUUUUCGUUUUAAAACCCAUUUUUUUUGUGUAGAUUAGGAUAUGUUCAAUACAAAUUAGUUUGUUCUUUACUCUAGCGAAUGACAAACAGCAGCAGUUCGCCAAGCCUUCUGAAUGACAGUGCCAAGGUCUAUGCAGCACAUGGUAUGUAUAAUGCUAUCAGUAAAGUAACUUUUCACUCACACAUUCCUGAAAUCACUUGGGCUGUGUAAUUUUUGCAAUUGGAAUGUAUAUCUUUAAGUUAUCCACAGGGACGGUGCAAGGAUUCCUGCCGCCCUAGGAAACGAUCCAUUUUGCCCCCCCCUCAUGAAUGCAAUUACAUUAUCUCAGAGGUUUAUUCACUAAACUCUGAACUGCAGUGAGUUGAAAACCAAAUUGCAAAGUUUAAGCAAAAACAACUGAGCUGUGACUGUAGCUGAGUUGGAGAAUUCUUCUAGAUCAGCUAUUUUGGCCUACAUUUUGCCAUUUGGUUUCCAGUUGGGUCUGAUCACAGUGCUCAUUUCUCUCUUAACAAUCUGUGUAUUCUCUCUCAUCAGCUUUUAUCUCCAUCUUUCUCAUGUUUCCCAAAGCCCCAUCUGGGCAGUCUUUGCUCAUGAUUCUCACCAGCCUGUUUCUUUUUAUUCUUAUAGGGUUAUUCACUUCAGUGAGAACUUUACAUGUGAAAUUAACUUUUAAUAAAUUUUGAAUCCAACAAUUCUCACUUUAGUGAAUAAUCCGGUCAUUGACUUUUGCCCUUUUCUUUUCCCUGUCUAUUCAUCAAACUGUGAGCUGAAAUAUAACAUUUAGGCGGAAACAGAAGAGUUCUAUAAAGUCAUCAUCUCGACUCCUUUUCAAAACAUUUUCAAAUCACUGUUUAGUGAAUAGACUCAUAAGUGUCUAGUUUCCAUCUUUAAGAGAGACAGGCCAGGACAUUUAGGGAAAAAAAUACAGACCGAAGAGAUGUUGAGGGACCAGAGACACAUUUAGGGAAAUCAGAGACACCGGUGAGAAAGAUAAAGAAAGGGAACAGACCAGGAAGGCAAUUGGGGAAAAGAUAGAGAUUGAGGUAUUUAGGAAACAGACGGACUGGUAGACAUUUUACGAGAGACAAGACGGUGAGCAGACAUUUAGGGAAAGAAAGACUGUCCAAUACACACACAUUCACUGCAUGCAUCUAUACAUACAUGCGCGCGCACACACAAUGCAUCCAUCCAUCCAUCCAUCCAUACACACAUGCGCACGCAAUAUACAGCCAUCCACCCAUCCAUACACACGCGCAUACAAGGUAUAGCCAUCCAUCCAUCCAUCCAUACACACAUACACACGCGCACACACAGCCGAUACAUCCAUCCAUACACACACACACACACACACACACACACACAAUUGCAGAUCCAUCCACGCGCACCGCCCAUGCAUGCACCCAUCCACGCGCACCGCCCAUGCAUGCACCCAUCCACGCGCACCGCCCAUGCAUGCAUGCACCAUCCACGCGCACCGCCCAUGCAUGCAUGCACCCAUCCGCGCGCACGCCGACGCAUGCACCCAUCUGCGCGCACGCCGCAUGCAUCCAUCCGCGAGCGCCGGCGGCGCGUGCAUGCAUCCAUCCGCGCGCGCCGCCGGCGCGUGCAUGCAUCCAUCCGCGCGCGCCGCCGGCGCGUGCAUGCAUCCAUCCGCGCGCGCCGCCGACGCGUGCAUGCAUCCAUCCGCGCGCGCCGCCGACGCGUGCAUGCAUCCAUCCGCGCGCGCCGCCGACGCGUGCAUGCAUCCAUCCGCGCGCGCCGCCGACGCGUGCAUGCAUCCAUCCGCGCGCGCCGCCGACGCGUGCAUGCAUCCAUCCGCGCGCACUGCUGAUGCAUACGUUUUACAUUAUGUUCUUAUUUAGCACCAGCUUAUUCCGCAGCGCUAUACUAUAAGAGGGGAAUUUACCAAUUGAGACAAUAACAAAAUGUAACAGGAACAAUAGGUAGUUGAGGACCCUGCUGAAACAAUCUUACAAUCUAGAGGAUGUGGGGGUAUAAAAACACAAUAAGAAGGGUUUUGAGGGAGCCCGCAAAUAGACAUGGGGGGGGGAAGUAGCAGGCGAGAGUGGAGUUUGGCCCUUUUAGGAAACCACAAGAGGAAGAUUUGAGAGGUGGAAGUUACGCUUGGAGGCCAUAACCAAUCCUGAAAAGAUGGGUUUUGAGGUACUUUUUAAAGGGGUAGCUGUCCCAAAGGAAUGGAGCAGCCCGUGAGAAGUCUUGCAGGUGUAAGGGUGCGAGCAGCAGACAGGAGAAGGUCACCAGUAGAGUGAAGAGACCGAGAGGGGGCAUACCUAUGAAUCAGUGAAGAAAUGUAAGAGGGGUUAUAGUUGGUUAGGGCUUUUUAAGUAUGGGUUAAUAUUUUAAAUUGACACCUGUAGGGUACUGGAAGCUGGUGUGAGAGGAGAGAAAGAUCAGCCUGGCAGCAGCAUUCAUCCGAUUGUAAGGGGGCAGUACGGCUUCUGGGGAGACCAUUUAGGAGGGAAUUACAGUAAUCCAUGCAAGAGAUUACUAGAGCAUGAACAAGCUCCUUGGCAACAUCUUGCAUAAGAAAGCGGCAUAUGCAGGCAAUGUUUUUAAGCUGGAAUCGACAGGUUUUAGCUAGGGAUCGACCGAUAUUGAUUUUUUAGAGCCGAUACCGAUACCGAUAUUCUGUGAACUUUCAGGCCGAUAGCCGAUAUAAUUUGCCGAUAUUCUGUACAUUUACCAUUUUGGAAAAUAAAAACUAUUUCUAAAGGUAAAUGCACAAAAUAUACAUGCAACGUGCAGUGGAUGCAGUGUGACAGGGGAGCUGUGUGUGUUUGUGUAGUGUGUGUAGUGGAUGCAGUGUGUGUUUGUGUAGUGUGUGUGUUGUGGAUGCAGUGUGUGGAGGAUGCAAUGUGUGUUUGUGUAGGGGAUGCAGUGUGUAUUAGUGUAGUGUGUAUAUAAUGAAAGCAGAGUGUGUGGGUAGUGUGCGUAAAGUGAAUGCUGUAUAUACUAAAUUCAAAGUGUGUGUGUAUAUAAUGAAUGCAGAGUGUGUGUUUAUUUGUGUAGUGUGUUUAUAUAAUGCAGAGUGUGUGUAUAUAAUGCAGUGUGUUUGUGUAGUGUGCAUUAUAUAAACACACUACACAAACACUGCAUUAUAUAAACACUACACAAACACACACACUGCAUUAUAUAACACACUACACAAACACACACUGCACAAACACACUACACAAACACACACUGCAUUAUAUAAACACACUACACAUUACACCAUACUACACAAAACAUUAUAUAAACACUACACAAACACACACUGCAUUAUAUAAACACACUACACAAACACUGCAUUAUAUAACACUACACAAACACACACUGCAUUAUAUAAACACACUACACAAACACACACUGCAUUAUAUAAACACACUACACAAACACACACUGCAUUAUAUAAACACACUACACAAACACACACUGCAUUAUAUAAACACACACUAUACAAACACACACACUGCAUUAUAUACACACACACUAUACAAACACACUGAAUUAUAUACACACACUACACAAACACACUGAAUUAUAUACACACACUACACAAACACACUGAAUUAUAUACACACACUACACAAACACACACUGCAUUAUAUAAACACACACUGCAUUAUACACACACUAUACAAACACACACACUGCAUUAUAUACACACACACACUAUACAAACACACUGAAUUAUAUACACACACUACACAAACACAGACUGCAUUAUACACACACACUAUACAAACACACACACUGCAUUAUAUACACACACACUAUACAAACACACUGAAUUAUAUACACACACUACACAAACACACACUGCAUUAUAUAAACACACUACACAAACACACACUGCAUUAUACACACACACUAUACAAACACACACACACUGCAUUAUAUACACACACUAUACAAACACACACUGCAUUAUACACACACACUACACAAACACACACUGCAUUAUACACACUAUACAAACACACACACUGCAUUAUAUACACACACACUAUACAAACACACUGAAUUAUAUACACACACUAUACAAACACACACUGCAUUAUACACACACACUACACAAACACACACUGCAUUAUACACACACUAUACAAAACACACACACUGCAUUAUAUACACACACACUAUACAAACACACUGAAUUAUAUACACACACUAUACAAACACACACUGCAUUAUAUAAACACACUACACAAACUGCAUUAUACACACACACUAUACAAACACACACACUGCAUUAUAUACACACACACUAUACAAACACACACUGCAUUAUAUACACACACUAUACAAACACACACUGCAUUAUACUACAAACACACACUGCAUUAUAUAAACACACUACACAAACACUGCAUUAUAUACACAGUGUGUUUGUAUAGUGUGUGUAUAUAAUGCAGUGUAUUUGUGUGCAUUGUAUACAAACACACACACACACUAUACAAACACACACUGUAUUAUAUACACACUGUGUUUGUGUAAUGUAUGUGUAUAUAAUGCAGUGUGUGAGGGGGCAUUUUUUAUUAAAUAAUUUUUUUUAAAAAUGUAUAAUUAAUUCUUAUUUAUUUUUGUUGUCCCCCCUCCCUGCUUGUUACCUGGCCAGGGAGGGGGGAUAUGACAGUCCCUGGUGGUAUUGGCUGAGCUGGGGGGGCGGAGAGCAAGCGCUUACUCACCUCCCAGCAGCUCCUCCAGCUCCCCAAUGCAACUCUCGCGGCCAGCGUGUCGCGCGGAGCGUUGCCAUGGUGAUCCAUGGCAACGCUCGGAAGGCCGCGGGUCUCGCGAGAGUUGCAUUGGGGAGCUGGAGGAGCUGCUGGGAGGUGAGUAAGCGCUUGCUCUCCGCCCCCCCAGGACCGCCGGGUUUGUAAUGAGCCCGGCGGUCCUAGGAGGUAUUAUCGGCAAUAUCGGUAUCUGAAUUGGCCGAUACCGAUAUUGCCGAGAAUACCGAAUAUCGGCCGAUUAUAUCGGUAAAACCGAUAAUCGGUCGAUCCCUAGUUUUAGCAACAGACUGGAUGUGAGGCCAGGGUCAAAAAUGACACCAAGACGGCGAGCUUGAAAGGAUGGGGUGAGGCAGGUACCGUCAACCUGCAGGCAAAGUGAAGGAGGAGGAUCAGUGUUCUGAUGAGGAAAAAUAAGAAACUUUGUUUUAGAGAGAUUGAGUUUCAGAAAGCGGGAGGACAUCCAAUCAGAGGCAAUUGGAGACACGUAGGAUAGCAGGGAAAAGGUCGGGGGAGAUGUUGUAUAUCUGGGUGUCGUCAGCGUACAAGUGGUAGUGGAAUCCAUAUGAAUUAAUGAGUUUGCUAAGAGAGGCGGUAUAAAGGGAGAACAAAAGGGGACCAAGAACUGAACCUUGAGGGAUGACUAGGAGAAGAGGUGUAGUUGGAAAAAGACACUGAAUACAUAAUUUAUCGCUGUGCUAUAUAAUGUAUUAAAUUCAUUUGGUGGGAUUUAAUUCAUAAUGAUGGGGUUUAAUUUGUUACAGUUAACUUGUCUGACAGGUUCACUGUAAGUAAAAUGUUUUCAUUAUAAUAUAUAAUUAUAUUAAUAAAUAUAAUUGGCCACAUACUCACUAGCACAUGCAAACUCUCACUGACAUACACAAAUUUCUCGCACUCACUGACAGUCACUUACAAACUCUCACUGACACAUGUACACACGUCACUUACGCUCUCACGAGUGUCACAUACACACGUACACAUGUCACUUGCACAUUCUCACUGACAUAGACAUGAUGUCACUUGCACACUCACUGACAGACACACUCAUACUAGAUUACAUAGUUAUAGCUUUAGUUUUUUUUUAAACAUACAAAUAAAACACAAUAGUACAAUAAAACACAAACACAUACCAAUGUACAAACGUAUAUUAAAUAACCAGUCCCCUUUAGCCUUCAUAUGGCCCUAAUGGAGUGCUGUUACAGGAGAAGAGGACCAGCCUUGUUUGUGCUGGGCGAAGCAGGAGAGCCAUGCACUGUGAGCAGAGGCUGCAUCCUGCUCCCUGCAAUGUGUUUCCGGUCUUCACAGGCAGGGGGCAGCCGGGAUACCAGGUCGUAUCACGGCUUCCCCUGCCUGCAGGAAGCAUUCUGCUCGUUGGCGCCAUUGAUGCAGAUGAAGCAGCUGCGCUGGGGGGGUGGCUAAAGAGUCUCUCACCCAGAGUUUCAGCCCCAGACACGAGCAAACCACCAGGAAACUUUCCGGUGGGUGACCCAGGCAAAUGCCUUAUUCGCCUAAUGCACCUGCCCUGGUUAUCCACCUUCUCUAUAAUCAUGAUGUUUUUAGACUUGUGGCCAAAAAAAAGUAACUUGACUUUAAAUUAUAAUCUUAACAUGGUUUUCCACUAUCGCAGAAUUAUAAAAAUUAUUUUAUGUGAAUUUUAUUUGGAAACUGCUGGAAUCUUUCUGUAGUUUGGACAAAAUGGUCUGCUUGUAUGCCCAUUCUAUUCAUUUUAGUUUUUUUGUGCUUGCAAAUGUGUUGGGUUUGACUCUUUUUACUAUUCGAUGGUGCUAUAGAACUCUUGGCACCAGACCCACUACAGUUGAUGCAUAGAGUGCCAAUAUUAUUUUUCUUUUUUCUUUUUUUCUUUUUUUAUUCCACUGUAUAGUGAACGGAUUCCUUAAUUAAUGGUUUACUCCUAAAUGGAAACUAGUUAAUAUGGCAGUUGCAAACGCAGACUUUGUUUAUAUUUUACAGAUCCUUUAGGUUCUCCAGCUUCUACACUUUUUAAUGACUUUUCCGGGCUCACCAUAUCUCAAAGGCGUAAGGUAUGUAUACUAUAAGCUUUUAAACGUAGUGAAGAGGUUGUGAGUUUUUUGUCUGUUUUCAAAUUCUUUUGUGAUGGCCACUUUGGACACUUGUGAGUUAGCUGAACGACAAGAGGUCCUUAGGCCUGCAAAGGUGUCAAUAAGCCAACAUGGGUAGCACGAUUUGGCAUAGAUAUCUGCUUGGUAUUGUCUAGUAUUCCUGGGGAAUCAGCUGAAUAAUUGGGAGCCCUCUCAACAUGCGUCUGUUCAGUUUGCAGAUCAAGCUCCGUCACUUAAAUAGUUUUGUCUUUUUCACGUUUUCAAGUAUUUUGCUCAUGACUUCCACCUGAUUUAUUGUUGGUUGGUCUGGAUAUUGAUAGAGGGCAGAUGGAGUAUAGGAGACCGGUAUAGAUAAUUUAUAUCCUAUUUGUGGUGUGCUUUAUAAGGGUUUAAAAACAUUGAAAAAUGAAGUCCUAGCAAAAGUUAGUCAUAUGUAUAAAAUGCAACACAUACAAAAGUUUUGAUAUUGAGUAAAACAGAACAUGAAAGUCAGUAUGCAAGCAAUGAACAAUAAUUUAAUUGUACGUUUAUAUUUGUCAACAAUGUACCCUAUUUUUCAUCUGAUACUUGGUUUCCCAAAAGUAUCAGUUUUUCAUUGUGCUAUUUGAUUUCUAUGAUUGUUCUGUAAAUUUUCUGGACUAUACAGGCACUUAAACCCCCCCCCAAAAAAAAAACAGGUUCAACUGAUACCCAAAUUCAAGAUGUGUAUUCACAUAUAGUCUCAAUUAAAAUCUGGUGUCAUAGUGUGAAGAAUAAGAUAAAUAUAAACACUUUAAAAAAAAAAAAAAAAAAUUAAAAAGCUUAAUUGCAACAGCAGAGUUUUAUAGUGCAUCAUUUAACACACAACUUUAGGCUGCUCUGCACCUAUAUCACACAUGACUGGAUAGAAGUUGUCCUAUACUUUGUUUCCAUAGUAAGUCUAAAUUGUGUGGGGUUUUUAUCCUCCCCAUGUUCUAUAUUUGAGCCCUACCAUUCAGAUUGUCAUCUUACCCCUUUAGGUGGUGUUUUGUUAUUUUUUGUUUUGUUUUGUUUUUUUAAUAUAUCCUUGUUAAAUCUUUAGAGAAUUUACUAACUUUAUUUUUUUUCUAUUUUUAGGCUCCUAACCCUACUGCCAGUGAGUUUAUUCCAAAAGGAGGAUCAACUUCACGGUUGAGUAAUAUGUCUCAAUCCAGCAUGUCUGCCUUCUCUCAAGCUUUGUUCUCCCACCCAUCUCUGGGAGGUCCUGCUGCAGCUGGUCUUGCACCAGGUAACCUUUAUGUCUUGAUAUAACCUGGGUUGGUCAUAUUUGUCAAUUAUUGUCCACGGUAAAGACUUCUGUCCAUUAGAUGCAAACUGGUCUAAGCUGCCUAAUUCUAAUAUCCUGCUAAUGAUUCAGGUUAGUUUAAAUCCUCUAAUAGGCUGGCAGUAGUGUAAUUAUUAUUAUUAGUAUAAUACGAAUACUCUUUACAAUAUUAUGAGAUGGGGGAUUUAACUAUAAAUAGGACAAUUACAAUAAAACUUACAGGAAUGAUCGGUUGAAGAAGACCCUGCUCAAAUGAGCUUACAGUCUGUAGGGUGUGGGGUAUAAAACACAUUAGGGCAGGAAAUAGCAAUCAAAAAGGGUGGGAGUGAAGCAGAGCUGGAGGAGAGAGUAGAGUGCCGCCAUUUAGAAGAGAGCAAGAGACAGGUAUGUGAGGUAGUGGUUACUCUGGGAGGCCAUAAGCUUUCCUAAAGAGAUGGAUUUUAAUUGAAAAGUUCAUAGGAGUCCAUGCUUUGCAGAGUACCAUCUGGGAAAAAUUAUGAAAAUUGUUGUAGCAUUUUUGUGGGGUUUUUUUUUCUCGUAGGGGUGUUUUUUUUUUUUCGUUUUUUUUUAUUUUAUUUUAUUUAUUUUUUACUGAUGGGAUACAAUCGUUGCUCAUGGCUACCGCAUUCAGACAAUCUAUUACACAGGAAAUUAAUAUGUAAUUUUCACUAGUGCUCCACCUAGUGGUUUUGCAGGUGCAUGAAAGAUUUAUUUUGCCCUGUGAGCAGGUGAUAGUUUGCAUGACUUUUCUUCAAAUUCCGUAGCAAAUAAAUUACUUCUAUUAAAGCAAAAACAUAAAAAAAAACGUUGUCACUUCAAUUGUAAAUUGCUGGUCUGCAAUGUGUUUUUGUACCUGGGCCCAAAAGCUAGGGACAUACUUGUUUUAUUCUCACUUUGUGUGUCAAGCUGGAUAGACCAACUAAUGAAAUCUUGAAGCUCUGCAAGAAAGGACUUGUUAUAUUCUUUAAUUUUAAAGUUAGUUUCCCAAACGUAAACUGUGGUCUGUACGCACUUGUUGUGAAAUAUGCAUUUAUAAGGACUGCCUGAGCUUUCACAUGAAUGUAAAUGUCUUUAUCCAUUGUUUUUGUGAAACAAUGCAAAACUUGAGUGUAAUGUGCUUAAUAAUGAUCUAGAAGAUGUAGGUGUAUAAGUAAUUAAGGCACUAUAUAUGAGACUGAAGAACAGAUUGAAUUGGCAAUGGCAUCUUGUAUACUCAAAUAAAGGUCUUCCUAUGGUCUCCUUACAAUUCUGCCUCUCCUUCUUUGAAAUUACAACCUUGAACCUGAAACAACCCUGCAAUUACUUGUUUAGAAACAAAUUUUCUUGAAAAUGUAAAGUUUGGGUGUAAAGAGCAAUUUAUGUGCAAGUACAGAGCACACAACAACUGAACUAUUUUGGUUUCCAUAGUGGUUUCACCACUUCUACAAAAUAAAUCUUGCUCCAAGGUUGUAUUUUGUACUUGGAAUAGUUCAGUACAAUCACUUGCAUUUAUGUAAAAUUAUGUACAAUAUUCAUAGUAGUACUUUCAAUUCUCUAAAUAACUUUCUGCACUUCAGAACAUCUUGUUUUUGUUAUGUAUGUUGGUGUACUUUGGUACAUCACUUCUCCUUUUCUGUAUUUACCUUGACACUUGUAAAAUGAUGACAAUUUAAGAAGUGAAAGUUUUGUUUUUUCAAAAUACACCUUGAGUUUUUUGAUGCACAGCUAAGUUGAUGUGCGAGCCGUUGGAUUAUAUAGCUAAUGCAUUAGAAGCAGAAUCAAUGAAUGACCAUAAAUAUGCUUUCCUUUAAAACUCAAUGAAGUGGUCUGGCUGCAGUGACCCUGUAAAACAUUGCAGCUUUUGAAAAACAUACAUUGUAGGGUUAAAGCCACCUGUGGUGGCUGUCUUCCUGACUGCCACUAGAUGCACUAACAGAUCAGAAACUGGAAUGCACAUGUGGUGCUCUGUGCACUCUAUCGCACACAAUGGGGAGAUUUCUAUAGAACUAGGGACAGGGGCCCUACAGGUUAUAUUCCCAACAAUAUAGUGUUCCUUUAAAUUUUACUGUAGAUGCACAUUAUUGGUCCUGCAGAUUUUUAUUUUUUUCGCAGGAAGAAACGCCCAUUAGCUGUAUCUUAUUCUGGUGAAAGGGGUUGUUAUUUUUUUUUCAUAAAUCACUGUUGGAAAGUCGUAUACAGUUGUUUUAUCCCCUUAUAGCAAUUCUGUUUAACACUUGGGAUGUGUCCAUCAAAGAAUUGGAGUCAGGGGAGUCUUAGAACUAGAAUUACUACAGGGUCUCUGUAGUUGAUAGCAGUUAGUGCCCCUUUUUAUGACAUAUUGGUAACUAGAGAAGAUCUCCCAACAAACUUUCAUUGCCAGCAGUAUUUAAUUUCAGAUGCACAACUUUUUUUUGCUACGCGUAUUGGUUUUGGUGCUGUUAUUGCCUAUUUUUGGCCUAACUUUUAUACCUGCAGAUAGAACUACUUUUUAUAUUUUGGUUUCUUUUUAUUUUAGGGAUGUCCCUAUCAGCUGGGUCUUCUCCACUUCAUUCCCCCAAAAUUACACCCCACACAUCACCUGCUCCACGACGGCGGAGCCAUACACCAAACCCAGCAACCUAUAUGGUGCCUACUAGUGCCUCAACACCAGUCACAAAUUCUGUUUCCCAGCCCCCAUCUGCAGGACAGGUCAUACAGAAGGAGACAGUCGGAGGGACAACUUAUUUCUAUACAGACACCACUCCAGCACCUUUAUCAGGAAUGGUAUGUUCAGUCAGUGCUCUUAAACAUUUGGUGCUACCUGACCUGUUUAUAAAUUUGAUUGUUUACAACUUAAAAUGCAUGUUACUUUAAAUCACAUCUAUGCUUAAAGAUUUAUUAUAAAACAAAAUUGUGAAUGGUUAUAUUUUUAUUUUCACAAAGGUUUUUCCAAACUAUCAUGUUUAUCCUCAAACUGCUCCUCACGUUGCUUACAUGCAGCCAAAAGCAAAUGCACCUUCCUUCUUUAUGGCCGAUGAGCUUCGACAGGUAUGUACAUAAUUAUCAGCCUUUUAUUUUCUUAAUAUAUAGUGCUCACUACCCUCUUUUAAACUUACACCACUGUGUAAUUAAGCAGUUUUUGUUUUUUCCUUCCACUUCCAUAGUGUGGUUUGUGUUUUGUUUUUGUUUUUUUAAGCAUUGGAGUUUUAUUUUAUGAUUUGCUGCUGACAUCUGGACUUUACAUUAAUUAAACAUAUGGAUAAAUUACCUUCAAUAAGAUGGUUCUGAAACUUCAGGGGGGUUUUUUGUUGUUUAUUCUGAAAAUGAACAUACGUCUGAUCAAAUUGAACAUGUAGCAGAAGGCUUAUGACUGCAUGUGUAUAAUGUGUAAAUAUUGGUUAAAAUUCCUGUCAGAAUCUGUUAAGCCAAAUAAUCAAUUGUUUGGCUGCCUGAUUCACAUAAUGUGGCUGUUUUUUUUGGACGGGGGGGGGGGUGGUUUGGUCUGGAAAGGUUAUGUACACCAGCUAAGAUUUUUUUUGUCUUUACUAAACCUAAAACAAUUUGUGAAGAGUACUUUAUUACUGACUUAGAUCUGAAACUUGUUUUCACUAGAUUAACAUAAAUUCCUCCAACUCUCAUUAUUUUAUUUACAUAGGAGUUAAUAAAUCGCCAUUUAUUAACAAUGGCUCAGAUGGAGCAAGCUGAAAUGCCAGGUGAGUUUUUAAUAAAUUUCAAAUGCGUUCAGACACUUCUGCAAAAUGCAUUGUUAGAAAAUUUAGUGCUAGUCUACUCUAUAAGGCAAAACACUAGUUUUAUUAAUGUAUUCAGAGAAUUUAUGUACGUUGAUAAUCUUGUGAAAGCGCCUUUAUAGAACAUUCUCCUGUUAUGUUGCAUAGUCAGUGAUUUCCUCUUAGGAAACUGCUGAUCAUGGUCUUCCAUUAUCUUUUUGAGGAGACUAUUAAUUUUUAUUUUUUUCCAAUCAACUGAGCCACCUGAGCAGGUCUGAUCAGUUUUCUGUGAAAGUGUACAGAUGCCUUAUGUGGCAAGAAAAAUGCAAGAGGGGCAGGUAUAAAAUCCAAGAUGCUGCAUUUUUUGCACAUUGGUUUAUGAAGUGUCUCCUCAUUGGGCAUCUUCCAUAAUAGUCCAUGAGUACAUAUGCUUUCAGGCAUCUAAUAUAUGGUGCAUUCACACCCCUAUGCCCGCAAGCAAAAUUUAAUGUGAACUUGAAGGGACACUAAAGGCAUCAAAACAACUUUCGCUUAAUUAAGCAGUUUGGUUGUAUGUGUUAUGCCCCUGCAGUGUCAUUGCUGAAUUAUUUUUUCAUUUAGUUAAAUCACUAUUUUGGUUUAUGCAGCUCUAGGUACCCCUUCCCCUGGCUGUGACUAACAAUGCCUGCAUGACAAAUUGUUUCGUUAUCCAUCAGAUGUUAACUUUCUUUAUAAGUUUUUAUCUUCUGCUCUGUAAAUUGAACUCCUACAGGGUGUAGAAAGCUAUUAAAAAAGCAGGAGAAUAUUUUCCAAAUUAAACAAUGUGCAAUAAUGAAUGUGUAAUAAUUUCACUCUUUAAAGGAAGUAUUUGGGAAAGCUGUGUAAGUCACAUGUGUGCCUAGGGCUGCAUAAGUGUUAACUUUUAAAUGAGAGAAUUGGGCACUGAGACUGCAGGGACUUGAUCUAUAUACCAAAAUCACUCAACUAAGCUAAAGUUGUUUAAGUGCCUAUUGUGUCCCUUUAAAUGAAAACCUGUAUAAAGAGAUAAAAAUAACAAGUUCAACAUUUUCUUUUCCCUCCCUUUUCUAUUUUCCCUCCCUUUUCUAUUUUCCCUCGAACCUGCCAAUGUGUCUGGCAUCGACUGGACAUUGUACAGGAGUACCUCCAGAAGUUGACAGUUACCACAGCCUCUUUCCUCUUGAACCACUGCCACCUCCAAAUCGGAUACACAAGUCUAGCAACUUUGGAUUCACUACAUCAUGCUACAAAGCUGUAAAUAGCAAAGAUGAUCUCACAUACUGUCUGCGAAGGGUACAUGGUUAGUAUAAACUGCUCAAUGCUGAGGAACACAACUAAAUGGAUUCAUUUAGGGGUUUGUUUGAUAGGUGACCUGCCUUGCACUGGCAUUCAAGAGUAAAUAUUUUCCAGUUGCACCCAGUGAAAUGCUGCUUUUUUAAAAUAAAUGGCAAUUAUUAUAACCAAUUCUAAAUACAGUGUAAUCUAAGAUGCAUGGCUCUUAUUAAAUCUAAAUGUUUUUGUAUUGUAUCUUAGUUAUCUUUUGUAUUGAUUUAAUUUAUUUUAAUUUUAUUAUAAUUGUAUUCUAAACACUCUUGUGGCUGUAGCACCAAUGGGCUUCUGAUCUAUGAGCUUCUGGCUGCAAAGAGUGGACCCCAGGGAAAGUCAAACUGCUUUAAAAUGGAAAGUGACUACUUGGAGGGUGCCAGGGUACUAAGCAAUGCUAUAGUGUUCAUGGUGCUUGGGAUGCUCCUUUAAAAGGACACUCUAUUGCCCAAACAAAUAAAAAAUUGAUAGAUAUACCCAAACAAACAUGUAUUCAUUUAUUGUUUUAUUGGGGGCUAUAUCUUAAAAAAAAAAAAAAAGCCUGUAAAAGUUGCAUAUCUCUUGGCUGUCCAGUCAGACUUCCUAAUGCAGUUCAUUAAGAAGUCUUUGCAAGGCAGGUGCUUUGGGCGGUUAGCAAAGUAUUGAGUUUGAUUCCAUUGAUCUACACUUCCAGGAAGUAACUUGACUGACAGCCAGGGGCAUGUAACAAGGUUAAUUUAUAAAUGUGCUAAUUAUUGUAAUCUGCACUUUUUGUAAAACUAAUAAAGGACACUCUUACCACACAAACCACUUAAGCCAUUUAUCUCUACAUUUUACAACUGCUUUAGUGGAUUAUUCAGAUUUCACUUAUGACCAUAGGUUUUUUUUUUUUAAUCCACUUUAAAUCUUGCAUUUCAGGCUUUCGCCUUGUGAACACAAAGUGUAUGUCUUUAGUUGACACAUGGAAGAAAGUUCAGCAUUCAAACAUUGUAUCAUUACGAGAAGUGUUUACAACCAAAGCGUUUGGAGAACAUUGUAAGUUAACAGAUCUGCAGUACACAGUGUCUUAUAGCACUGGUAAAUCCUAGUAAAGUAACUAAAUCAUUACAUGAAUUUGUUUAGUCGAUAAUAUGAAAGUUACUCUAUACUUAUAGAAAACUAUAACCUACCAUUUUGGGGAGAUAAAAGCAGGACAGAAGUGAACGGUAAUAGAGGGACAUGCCAGGGACUAAACUUUGUCUGUAGCAACACCCAAAAGUAAUAGUUUUACUGAGAGGGCAUAGGUGGCCCAUAUGAAUUCAGUCUGUAGUAAAAGCAAGCUUCAUUAUUUGUGCCAGUACAUGAUGAUUGUGCUAUCAGGCAAAAUGUAUGGUAAAGGUUAAUACUGGAAUCUGCAGUAUAUUCAGCAGUGUACCAUUUUGAAUGCUGUUAGAUACCCCUCCCCUUCAUACUUGGUUGUCAUGUAAAUCCUGCAAAUAGUUUAAAGCAGGCAUAUGUACGGUCUCACAAAACAUGUUGAUUUACAGAGGCAGUUGAAUUACCUUAAGUACAACUUGUUGUGGUUGUUGAGCAGAGUAUAGGCAUGAACAAAUGUUCUAUAGUUUUCAAACGACUUGAAAAAGGGCCUAAAGCUAUGCUAAAUCUGUACUUUUGUUGCAGCUUGGCUAAUGAAGACAUGUACUCUUACAUUAACCCCUUCAACUUUAAGAGUUGAUAGCCUGGGAGCACUGGGCUAAUCUGCUGUCAAUGCUCGUAACCAAUCUUUUCCUAGGCUCACAAUUGGAAGGCUAAUGCAGUCUGGGAAAUAUGGAAAUUAACUUAAGUAUUGGAGUGAGCAGUCAUUAGGUGCCACAACUAAAGUCAGUUCACUCAUUCAACUAAUCACCUCUAUUUGUUACAAAGUUUAGAAAACAUUUUCAAAGAUUAAUAUUACUUUCCUCUGUUUUAAAGCACUUGUGUUUGCCUAUGACUUUCAUGCUGCAAGUGAAACAUUGAUGAGCAGACAUUAUAAUGACCCAAGUGCUGAUGGCUAUUUCACAAAGCGUAAGUGGGGUAAGUGUUAACUCUUUUGGCUUUCUUUUUGUGAACUUGCAGUGUAUCUGCUCCGUAUAGUCUAUUUUAAAUCUUCUGGCAAUUAAAAUAGGCAAAUACAAUCAGAUUUCUAAAAUGUGAAAUUUUUGUGCUACAAGUACAUUUAUAAUUUAGUUCAUAUUGAAUCAGUGGCUUUGGUUUUAAAUGUAUAAAUGCACUAAACCUUUAUUACUUCCUGCAAUUACUGUAAAUCUUUUACCAGCUGAGAAGUCCUAUAUUUGAUAUGUUAAAUACACUAAAAUAAGUUUUGUGGUACAGUGCCAGUAGCUAUACCUAGUAUUAAAGCUGUAAGAUCAUUAAAGUUUUCUCACUUGCUGGGUUUUUAUUUUUUUUGGUACAAAUUAUAUAUUAACACUUUAUUCUGAAUUGUGUUCCAUCUGUACAUUGUGCUGGCAAGUAUAUAGAUUACAUUUAACAAAAUAUGCAUGCUUUGGAAAACUGAAUUUUAUGUGCACUGAAUUGUAUUUUUUUUUAUUUUUUUUUGUAUAUUUCCCAGUCUACAAAAAGUUCUGUAAUUUAUAAUACAAUGUAUUUUCUCCAGGCCAGCAUGAUGGUCCAGUGCCUCGUCAACAUGCUGGGCUGCUUCCCGAAUCUCUCAUUUGGGCUUAUAUUGUCCAGUUGAGUUCUGCUUUACGAAGCAUUCACACAGCUGGGUUGGCAUGCCGUGUGAUGGAUCCCUCGAAGAUUCUUAUUACUGGAAAAUCAAGGUAAGGCGGAGUGAAACAUGUAUAUUCUAUACAACAGAUAUUGGCUAGUUAAAGUAUUGUAAGCAAUGUUAACUGGCUAUGUUACACGAAUGGGUGUUGAAACCAUCUCCCUUCUAACAGUGCAGAAGUUUAAAUAGAACUGACUAAUUUGAGAAGGUGCUUUAAUGGGCAAUAGUGCCAUCAGAUAUUUUGGGGCCCUUUACACCGCUCAAGGCCUGGGCGCCUGAGUGUAUAGUGUGUGUAUUUCCUUGCAUAGCAGAUUGUAAAUUGAAGAGGGGGCCCAAGAGUCUCAAUCUUCAACCUAAAGCAGUCGGGCAGCAGAUCCUCUCCUCUUCUCUGCAUUGCCAUGGCAACCUGCCCGAAUUCUCAUGAUAGGAUGCUGAUGGACAGGCCUGGACUGGCCAUCAGGCACACUGGGCAAAUGCCCAGUGGGCCGUCAUGGGCUGAGGCCUGCUGGGCCUGCGCCAUCAGAGCGCCAGCCCUGCUGCAUUCCAUGAUGGGCAGAUGGGGGAGAUCAAAGCUCUCCCUCACCGGCUUACUUGCGCAGACAUGAGGCUGGGGAGGGAGAGGAGGACCCGGCGGAACUGCAAGAUUGAGCUCUCCCUCCCCAGCCCCAUGGCAACACCCCGAUCUCAUGAGUGAACUCAAGCACCACAGGGCAACUCACCACUAGCACCACCAGGGAUGGCAGCAGCACUGUACCCACCCCCCCCCAGCCUAAAGGUGCCACAAUACAAUGCCACACACUCAGAACCUCCAACACUCAGCACCCCACACAGAACCCCCAACACUUCCAAGCGCGCGUGUGUGUGUAUAUACAUAUGUAUGUAUGUGUAUAUAUAUAUGCGUGUGUGUAUAUAUAUAUAUAUAUAUAUAUAUAUAUAUAUACACACACACACACACACACAGCACCCCUCACACGCAUUACAUUACACGACUAAAACCGACCUUAUUACACAAUACCACACCACAAGCAGGCUCCAAACACAUGCACAAUACCACACCACAAUCAGCUCGCAAUACCACAUGCACAAUACUCUUUCCCUGCCUUUUUGUUUCCUGGUAUCCCAUUUAUAGACACACCAGAGACAAGUUGCAAAAAAACACAGCGUCAGCAUGUUAUUAUAUUUGCUUGCACUGUCAAGAACAAAUACAGGGCCCUUUUCUCAUGCUAGAGCUCUUCAGCAGAGCUCUGCACAUGUUCUGCCCUGGAAGAGCAUUGAACCAACAUGCUCACUUUGAAAGGAAGCAUGCUUGUCAUUGAUGACAAAACUCUAUCUGAUCCCGUCCCUUCUCAGUGGGCAACUGUGAUUUUUUUAAAAAAAAAAAAAAAAGAGAAGAAAAAAAAUUCAGUCCGGCCCUGCCGAUGGAUGUGGAACCUGGACUCUACUGGACCUCUUCAUUAGAGAAGCAAGCAGGGCCUGCGUGUGUCUGUCUCCUUUUGCAACAUAUAUCUAUUGGUACUCUAUACAUACAUAUGUGUCUUUGUUGCUGUAGAUCUCUACUUGCUGCAUAUGUGUGAUUCAGGCCCCAUAAAGCUGUCGUGAAUAGAUUAAAAGAUCAGAGUCUGUCUCCUCUAAUAGUCCAGGCUCGUGACAACAAUCACAGUUGUCACACUGAUGGCAGAUUUGUUAAUGGGGGGGUUGCAUCUAGAGUUCUACCAAAUAAAAAGAUUUCUUAAAGUGAAACUGGCUCUACUGAAAUAAACUGAAUAUUUCUGCUGCUUUCUCAGCAUGUAGUAUUUUAUUCUUUCCACGCAUAAAUGCAGGAUAUGUUCUGUACUUAAAACUGUUCAUAAAAACAACAUUGAAACUCUGAACAUUAAAGCCUUAUAAAAUAAAAGAAUGGAAAGUUUUAACUGGAUUUUUUUUCCUCUCUCCAUAUUUAAGGCUUCGUAUAAACUGUGUUGGGAUCUGUGAUGUUUUAACAUAUGAUGGCAGUCAGAAUCCAGUAGCUCUUAUGCCUCAGUACCAGGUAAGACAUUAAUGUAAAAACAAUGCUUGUUAUCAAUGUAUUUAAUGGGUGUGCUAGAACCUUCACUGCACUGGUUUGCUGCUUGAGCGUAUCCAGUAGGAUUUUUUUUUUUCUUCUAGCAUUCUUAAAACAGAUUUACUGAGUUUUUAAUUUGUUCUAGAACCAAAAUUUUAUUUUUCUUCCAGCAAGCAGAUAUGAUCUCCUUGGGAAAGGUUGUCUUGGCAUUGGCUUGCAAUUCUCUGGCAGGCAUUCAACGGGAAAAUCUACAGAAAGCAAUGGAGCUUGUGACCAUAAACUACUCUUCUGAUUUGAAGAACCUAAUUUUGUAAGGGCACACUAAAUUUUGGAAAUGUUGGCAAAUAUAAAUUGAAAUAGAGGUAUAAGAAAACCUCUGCUUAAAUAUGUCAAUGAAAAUUAGGCUUUUUGUCGAAGAACAUGAAUUGUACAAAGUGAAAAGACAGAUUGUUCUUUCUAUCACAUGUCUGCUAUAGUGUGCUGCAGUGGUUAUGGUGCUUAAACAGUUAACCACCCUCAAAAUCUCAGUUAAAUUGCUUUUGGAGUCCCAUAUUUGUAGUCUUGGAUAAGCUAGAUUUGUGAGGCAGUGUGCAUGUAAACCGUAUUAAAUGUAUAGGAUUUUUCAUUAAGCAGUACUUUGUGGCAGAUUAAUAGUUACUAAUAAUAGUAAUGGAAAAUCUUCAAUUUACAAUUUUCAUUGUCUAUUUUUGCCUAAAUAUUAUAACUGUUGGCUCACCUUAACUAACCAGCGAAAAAACGUGCAGCUGGUAAGCAUCAAAUACAUAAUAGAACCUUUUUAAUUGCAUGUGUUUUGCUUAUGGUUUUAAACUUUGCACUGGCAUACUGUGUACUUCUACAUUAUUUUAUAUUGGGGUGUUUUGUAUUCUUAGACUAACUUGAACUUUUUGUUACUCUGCAGAUAUUUGCUGACUGACCAAAACAGGCUACGCAGUGUAAAUGACAUUAUGCCAAUGAUUGGUGCUAGGUUUUAUACUCAAUUGGACUCUGCUCAAAUGCGUAAUGAUGUCAUAGAGGAGGACCUUGCAAAGGUAACACUGUAUCAGAACAUCGGACAUCUUUAAAUCCAAAGUUUUGGGGUUAGACAGUACUUGACAUCACUUGACUCGAAAUCACUACCUUAAAAAAAAAAGGGGUGAGGGGGCUGACUACUUUGCACCAAAGGUACACUCAAAGCAAUCCUUUUGAUUAAUGAAGAAAACCUGCACAUUUACAUUUAAGUUCAAAGCUUUAAUGUGCUCUUUUAGAAUUCAUCUUAAGCCUAGAUUGUUCUUUUUAUUUGCGCUCCUUUAACUGGAGUUAAAGUAACGAGGCUUAAGGAAUCCAGUGCAUUCAAAACAUGAAACCAAUAAGCUCACUUUGGCUAGCUCUUGCCAAACCAGAAGAUCUUCAAUCCCAGCCCUAUUAAGAGUGAGCUGAUCAUAUGGAAUUUGAAAGAGUUUCAGGAACUGUCUGUAUAUGUAGAGAUGAACAGCCUGUCAUUCAGUUAUAAAAUUCUUUUGUGUUCAAAAAUAGUGGGUAAAUACAAACCGAGCAAAGCUCCUUUCAUGCAUAAUCAUAAACUGUAAACAUAUUAAUGAAAUGCAUUAGGAGCUAUGUUCAGUCUGUAUUUGUACUCCUGUUUUGACAACACUUUUGAACACAAGAUUUUGUAUCAAAACUGUUUAUUUCUACAUAUACAGAAAGGGAGUUCUUGAACCUAGCUUUCAUACUUGCUAUUCUGUUGACCUCUGUGGCCAUGUUUCGAAGACUAUUAAAUGUUAAGAGUGGUCACAGCGGUUUUCAGAGUAACAGCAGUUUGCUGAAAUUAAGUAGGUAGUGCACUAUUUAGUACUUGUGAUAGAUCUCCUUUAGAGCUCAGCAUAUUUCAUAAACCCCCAACCAAAAGAUAUUUGAAAUGUGUAGUUCAUCUUUCGCAUUCUAUGCCCCUCUUAUGUGUGCAUUUCCAUUCAGUUUAGUAAAUAUCCCUCUGGAUGCCUAAAUUGUGUCUGCCUCCUCUUUGUUUUAGUUUGUGCUUGAUGCAUGUGUCUUGUCGAACUUUCCAUGUAUUUUUAUGCAUAUUUGUGCGCCCACGUCUUGUAGUGUGCUCAUGCUGCAUGCUCGCCAACACUUUCUGCUCUUUCAUUGACAGCCUUCAUCUGUUCCAGUGUGGAAAUUUGUGGUUGGGGUUACUGCGUGUGAUAAGUGCAGGAAAAUGGCCUUAUGCGGUUUUCUCAUUCUUCAGGGAGGAAGGUGUAUUGACCACACUGUCACACCAGUGCAUCAAUGUCUGUAUUGUAAAUCCAGGCCUGCUUUGUUUCCCCACAGGAAGUGCAGAAUGGAAGGUUGUUCAGACUGUUGGCAAAGCUGGGAACAAUUAAUGAACGACCAGAGUAAGAUACCAGGUUUUAACAAAGACCUUAUUAAAAAAACACUUAUAGGUUAUAAACCACUUAUUUGCUUAUCCUCAUAUGUUUGCAGUUUUGUUUUUUUGCAUAUUUCACUGAGGUUUUAUUUUCAUAAGUUUAAAUAAAGCUUAACCUCCCCCACCGCAAAAAAUACAAAAUUUAAUAGCCACAGUAUAAUUAUCAAUGCAAUGGUCCAUUUAGUCCUGCAAUGUACAGGCCAUUUUGUACAUACGGCAAUGUUUUUAUUGCAUGGUUAACUCUCCUCGUAUCUUCUGACAGCCACUAGAGGCCUUUCCGCUGAAUAAGUAACUGUUAUUUAAUUAAAUGCUGCUCACAUGACAUUUGAUUGGAGAGCAGUGUUUUGCCAACCUCGUGUCCUAGUCUCCAAUGCUUGGUGGGGGGAGGAGGGAGAGAGGAGACACACUAGAUUUGCUGAUAUAAAGAUGUCAAGAGCAGCAUGCUGCUGGAUACAAGGCAAGAAUUGAAUGUUGCUUUUCAAUUGCAUUAUGGGCCCUUCUCUGUAGAAACUUUUUAAAAUGCUGUUAAUCUUUCCUUUAUUCCAUCACUGAUGCAAUCUCAUCUUGAGAUAAUCUGUGGUUUUAGUCCAAUCAAAUGUUCCUCAUAGAGAAUCUUUGGAGACCUGCUGCUCAUUCUCCUUGAAUAACUGAAUCCAGUGCUGCAUUGCCAGCCUUCUGUGUAAUCCUGCUUUGCAAGUUUGAUUAUAGUGUACACCGUGUAAAUGUUCAGUUGUGUGCUUCUCUAAAAUAGGUUCCAGAAAGACCCAGCCUGGUCUGAAACAGGGGACAGAUACUUGUUGAAACUCUUUAGGGAUCAUCUAUUUCAUCAGGUGACUGAAGCAGGAACCCCAUGGAUCGAUCUCAGUCAUAUUGUGACUUGUCUUAACAAGGUAACUCAUGUCGUGUAAUGCUUGCAAUAUGUGGAGUACUCAUCUGCUUUAUGGUCUCUUCUGAUCUGAAUGUAAUCGUGGUGGAUUUUUAUGGUAUUCAUCCAUGCAUAACUGAUGUGCCUGUUUCUUUUCAGCUGGAUGCUGGUGUGCCAGAGAAAAUGAGCCUAAUUUCCAGAGACGAGAAGAGUGUGCUUGUGGUAACAUACAGUGAUCUUAAGCGCUGCUUUGAAAACACAUUUCAGGAACUUGUUGCGGCCUCAAAUGGCCAGUUGUAGUAUUUGCUGAAAGCAUGCAGGACAUUGCUGAAGAACUAAACAAAUAGCAAAUUGCACUACAGCUGCAUUGUCAUUGUCAUCUCAUUUCACAAAUGGGAAUCAAACAGGAGAUGAGACGCUGCUUGCACUCAGUCAGGUACACUGUUACUUGAAGGAAAGAAUGUUUCAUUUUUCUUUGAGCUAUGGCUGCCAACGGAGGCUUUAUCUGUGAAGACUUUUUAUUUUAAAGAAAGGAAAAAAAAAAAAAAUUGGAACACCAUCAGGUGCAUGAUGUUCCUGCUUUUAUUUUUCACUUGUGUAUGCACUAAUUUUAAUUUGAAGCCUUUCUGAUCUUCGAAGCGUCACCAGUGUAUGAACAUUUAAGGGAAUGCUAACAGGACAUUUCAGGGCACUGUUUUUGUCAUCACAAUUAUUGCAAAAUUGUAUAUAUCUAAGUACAAGGACCAGGUAGUGGAUCAGUUCCAUACAAAUAUAUAUAUAUAUACAUAUAUUUUUUUUCCUCCACUUAUCAAUUAUCAAGCAGACUGCAAAAUAUGUGGGAAAUAAUCAAAGGAGCAUCCAUUAACUGAAUUUGGAACUUUGUCAACACAUUGAACGAAUUGAGCAUAAUAAGCAGUUUUUGUUUUUUGGGGGUUUUUGGUUAACUGCAUAAAACACAACCAGCGCCUUUUUUUUUGCAAAGUUUUGUACAUAGGUUCUCGUGCUUACCUGAUCUGCUUAUGUGAACUGAUUUGAUGAGUUUUCUUUAUCCCUUUAAGAACGACAGCUUUAUUUGAGUACUUUACACUGGAUACUGAGACACUGUUAACACCUUAAUGCAGCAUUUCCCUGGAAGAGCCUUGGAAUCUGGAAGCUUCUGCAGGGGGAAUAUUAUAGGUUACACUUUGGGCUAAUUGCAGAAGAUGUAACGUUUUUAGUAGACUCCAGAAAUCUGCAGCUUUGAAGGUUAUAUUGAGCUGUGCACCAUGAGUAUUCAGUGGAUUAUUAAAAAUUACCUAUAAAAGAGUGACUGCCAAAUAUAUAGAAAUUUAUUGGUAGAGGCAUAAAUGUAUAAUCUUUUUUUGGCACUGAAUUUAUUUUAUUUCCUGAACUGCUUUGCCAGACAUCCUUGAACAAAAUGUGGCUUCAUCAGAAAUAUUUUUUUUUAAAUAAUAUUUGAGUAUAUAUAUAUAUAUAUAUAUAUGUGUAUGUAUGUGUGUGUAUGUAUAUAUAUUUCAAUUUUAAUGAUUCUCAGCCUUUUUGUAGUAUUCAGAGAAGGUUUUUAAACACUUCUCCAUGCAAUUUUUUUUUUUUUUUUCUUAAUUUAAGCUAUGAUAAGCCUCUCAGCAGGGACUUUGCAUCAUACAGGGACAGACCUUUACAUCGGUACCUUAUCAUUCCUGCGAUGUGAAAAGGAUAAAAAUUUAUAUUGUAUCGUCUACAUUUGAUGCACUGGCAUUUUUUAACAGGGAAAAAAAAACAGCCUUGGGAAUAUUGUUACAAAUUGCCACAUUUUUUUAUAUAUUUGAAACAGUCUGAGGAAAAACAACCAAGCAAGAACUGUAUUUUAUCAUUACCUUAUAUCGAGGAAGCAGCUGUUUUUUUAUGUUUUGGAAAAAUCAUAUUGCAAUUUCUUUUGUACAAAAAAGUCCUUGCAUUGUAGGAGAUGCUUAAUUUAUAAGCGGACAGAUUUUUAUUUUAGAUUUUGUUUUUACCUAUCAAUGCUUCAAGGGCCUGUAAUGACUGUCAUUUCCUACCUUUCUAGCACUGCAUAGGUAAAGGGGAUCAUAGUUUAUUUUGUGUGGGUUUUUUCUUUUCUUUUUUUUUUUUUCCUCCUCUAGUUUACUUUUUGGGACCAAUUUUUUUUUUUUUUUUGUGUGUGUGUGAAAGCAAACUGGCAGACCUUUUAUCAGCUUUCAGCAUUAACAGACCAGCAUCUUGCCCUCCAUUUUAUAAUAAAACAAUGAUUUGCUUAAUUAUGUCAGUCUCUUUGCUUCAGACCAUACACUAAUCUCAGGAUUUAAAAAAACAAAAAAUAAAAUCGCCACAGUUAACACUUUUAUCCUGGAAUGUUGAUGUUUGGUAAUACAGUACAUGCAUGUACUUAUGGAGUUCCAACUAUACAAACAGGACUGUACUAUCACUCCUAGAUUUUUAGGGGCUCUGUUUCAACCCCAUUUAAAAAUCUGUCGAAAAACAUCGUAACGUGCUCCAAGUCUUGCUGCAAGGGUUCUAAAUAAUCCUGAGGCAUGAUAUUUUGUGUUUUGGUUUUUGCAUAAGGAGAGAGUACUCAACUACCCUACUUCUUUAAUGGAUACAAGCACAGAGCAAUGUUUAAAAUCAUAUGGGUUCUUUUUUUAAAGAAUUUGUGUACGUUUUAAUUUUCUGCUGUGUAAAUAUUACAAUGAGGGUACUUUUCUCUGGAUUCUGUAUUAUCAACAACUUCCCUUAAUAUGCACAUUCAUGUUAAUUUCUUCUAUCCUGAUCCCCAAAAUGUUACCCACUUAUUGUUUUGUUUUUUGUUUUGUGUUUGUUUUCUUCCUGUGUACAGUAUUUUUUAAUAAAGGAUAUCUGAAAUAAAA